AUGCGAGCACAGGUAACGGUACGAACAGCAACGGUUCAAGCAGUAGCAAAGAAAUCGUCAUCUUCAUCGUCCGGAAACGGAAAUGCGGCCGGUGGAGGAGCGGCGUCUUCAUCGUCGACGACGGCGGCGUCGGGAAAGUUCGGCUGGCAAACGCUUGACAUUGAGCGAGAUUACCAAUUCCUGCAACAGCGUUUCCCUUUCUUCCGCGGAUCGUACCAGGGCUGGAAGAAUUCGGUGCGUCACAAUCUCUCGCUCAACGAGUGUUUCAUCAAGUUGCCAAAGGGCUUGGGCCGGCCGGGCAAAGGUCACUACUGGACCAUCGAUCCUGCCUCUGAGUUCAUGUUUGAAGAGUUUCUUCAGAAUGGAAUCAAUCCGGCAUCGGUGACGGCAGCAGCCGCAGCUUCAGCCGCUCAUCUCGCGCUGGCCAAUUCUGGUGCGCCACUUAUGAUCUUCAACAGCAACAAUCGCUCUUGUCCCAGCAACAGCAGUCUCAGCAACAACAACAUCAGCAAUCCAGUUGUUCAUCGGGACUCGGCCAACUCAGUCAACAUCAGCCGGACUACAGUAGUUUGCAUCAGGUUGUUCGUACAAUGGUUCCUCAGCUUCGUCCAUUUGUGCAACAACAUUACCUUGCAAGCGUACAGCAGCUCAGGUAGCGGAGGUUACCUGACCAGCUGCAAUAAUGGCGCAAAGAUUACUACGGCACCAAUAGCGGCGGUGGGGUGGUUGGUCACGUCGACGUCGUCGGUUAUUGGCCAGAGCAAUCUCAGUCCAACGACGUCUUCGCCGGCGUGCGAUUGGACUACAAACGCCGCAGCAGCAGCAGCAGCAGCGGCUGCGGCGGCUGCUGCGGCGGCCUGCUCUACGCCUCGACGUCCAACAGCACCGCGAUGCAUUACCAUCAUCACGGUAUGA